AUGUCUUGGGACGACGAAGCUAUCAACGGUUCUAUGGGUAACGAUGACACCGUUCUAAUGGACUCAUGGGAUGCUGAACUAGGAGACGAUGAACCUGUUAUGCAAUCUUGGGAUGCUGUAGAGGAAGAAAAGCAACCGGCUCCAAAGCCAAAGAAAGCGCAACCAAAUAAAGCUAAGAAAGGCAAAGAAUCCUCCGUCGAUAAAGUCCUAUUGGACAUAGACACCCUAGACGAAAAGACCCGUAAAGAGUUGAUCAAGAAGGCUGAAAUAGAAUCCGAUUUGAAUAACGCUGCUGACUUGUUUGCUGGUUUAGGUGUCGCUGAAGAACACCCAAGGGCCCGUGCUUUACAAAAGGAACAAGAGGAAAUAGCUCUAAGAAGACCAGCUUUUACCAGGGAUACACCUAUUGAAACGCAUCCACUGUUUACCGCUGAAACAAAGAAGGAGUACCAAGAUUUAAGAAAGGCCUUAUCUACCGCUAUUGCUCCCAUGAACAACAAAUCUCCACUAAACUAUUCUUCAUCAUUAGCCAUCGAUUUGAUUAGAGAUAUAGCAAAGCCAAUGGCCAUUGAGUCUAUAAGACAGACAGUAGCUACUUUGAAUGUCUUGAUCAAAGAAAAAGAAAGAGAAGAGAGACAAGCUCGUUUGGCCCGUGUCAGAGGCGGUACCGCUACUGGUGGUGCAGGUAAGAAAAAGGCCAAAGGUAAGACCAACUUGGGUGGUGCAUUCAAGAAAGAUCAAGAUUUCGAUAUGGGUGCCACCGAUGAUUUCGAUUUCGCUGAUGACGACUUYAUGUAA